AUGCGGUUGGUCCUCGGGGUCGUCGUGGCGAUGACGGUCGCCCAGGUGAACGGAGCGCGGGUGGUGAGCGGUCAGACGGUGUGUUUAGGUGGUCCCGAGCGUCCCUGCUAUAAGAUCGCGUAUUUCCACGACGUGUCGAGCCGCGUUGCCUUCCGGGAGGCCUGUCAGGCCUGCGAGAUGGACGGAGGGUCGCUGCUGAGCAUCGAGAGCCCGGCCGAGCAGAGACACAUCGAAAAUCUGCUGCAGGAGCUGCGUUCGGGAGCAGUGGGCAGUGCAGGAGGAGGUGCGGGAGCAGGAGGAAUAGCCGAUGGCGAUUUCUGGAUCGGCCUGACUCGGGUGGACGAAGUCGAUCAGACUCAUCCUGAACUCGGCGGCUCCUUCGCUUCCUGUCCGCAGCUCUACCACUGGACCGACGGCAGUCCGGCCUCCUUCAGGAACUGGUAUUUCGAUGAGCCGUCCUGUGGAGGAGAGGCCUGCGUUGUGAUGUACCACCAACCAACAGCCCUUCCUGGUCUUGGCGGGGCUUAUCUCUAUCAAUGGAAUGAUGACCGAUGCAACAUGAAGCACAACUUUAUCUGCAAAUACGAACCAGAGAGCCAUCUUGUGAAAGAACAGGGAGACACACCUGGAGGACGAGGCACAGAGGCGACAGGUGGAGGUGUGGUCAAACAGUCUGCAGGCAGUGAGGAGGUUCCCCCUCAGGUCACCAUGGCUGGAGCUUCAGGCAUGUUGCUGCUGUAUGUGAUCAUCCCCACGAUCCCCCUGCUGCUGCUCAUCCUGGUGGCUUCUGGGACAUGUUGUUUUCAGACGCUCAGCAGAAGUACUGCCAACACCAAGACCGCUGUCGACCAAUCAAACCUGUGGAUCUCCAGGACGCCCAAACCGGACACCAUGGAGGUCUGACGCCGCCCUGUGACAUCACUGUGACAUCACAGCAGCGUCGCGCAGAGGGAUGACUUCACUUUGCGUCUCAACCCAUCAUCUUCAUCAUGCGGUGUUGGCGGACAGGUGGUGCGUUCGGGAGUGGGCGGAGCUUUGAGUUCUCAGAGAGGACGAUGAUGUCAUCACUUUUAUUUUUAUUUCUACUGAGCUCGUCUGCAGUUUGUCGCUGUACAUUUACUGCAUUAGCUACUGAUUACUGGGUAUUUAUACUGCAUUACUGCACCUCCACAGACAUGUACUACAGAGUACACACAGUACUGCACAAGAACAUUAAUUUACACUGUAAAUGAAUUCAUCCUGUAGUCACUGACAUUCACUUACUGUACAGAUACUUCCCUCCUUUCCUUCAUCAUGCUCUUCUUUGCUUCUUUAACACCUUCCAUCCUUUCUACAUCUCCUUCUUUCUUUCCCUUUUCCUUUCUACAUCUCCUUUGCUUCCCUUUUCCU